UCCGCUCUCCACUAAAUACGGAUUUCAUUUCAACAUUCGUCCUUCUUAGUAAUGGGGUACAAGGAAUCAUUCCUCAACACUUUACUGGCAAACUAGCAAGUUUUUUUCCCUUUCAUUCAACUCACACGACGAUAACACAAUAGAUUAACCACCACAGUUCUCCACUACAAUCCAAAAACAGCCACAGAAUAUCGCAAUAACAACACAAACAGCCCGGACAAGACAAGACCAGACCAUCCAAGGAAUUCCUCAUCUAACACCGACGAACAGUUAUAUAUAUAUACAUAUAUGUAUAAGACUUUGGUAUAUAUAUGUGUGAUUGUAUGUGUUGCUAGAUAGAUAUAUAAAUAUAUAUAUAAUUUAUUUAGGUUGAAGACUAUAUUGAAUUUGUAAUUCUUAAAAUUCCGUGUUUUUUUCCCAUUCCCCCCACCCUUCCUCUUUAGUUUCUGUUCUUCUCCCCCCCCCUUCCUGUAUAUCCUGUUUAUUCCUUUCAAAGUCACCAGGAAAACAAAUCUAUACAUAUGUUUAUAUAUACAUAUAUAUAUAUGUAUAUAUACCACAACACUGUAAAUAGUUGAAGUACAACACCGUAUAUAUAUAAUUAAGCUACAACACCAUACACACACAUAUCUAGAUAUUUAUUUAAAACCUCAACACUGAAAGUCACAGCCAUAUAUUAAGGUCAACCCAGUAUAUUGACCCUACCCCCAUACACUUAAUUUUUGCUGUCAACACACCUAUAUAAUCACACAUAUAUUCAAGGAGUCAUUUUUGUAAAGAGGCAAAAUUUAAAAUCAGUUGGAGCUUGCUUGGAAAGUUCUUUAUCUUUUUUUUUUUUUAAAAGUUUGUUUUAUUUUUCCACAUUUAUAUAUAUAUAUAUAUAUAUCUACAUAUAUAUAGAGAUAUAUAUACAUAUAUAUACACUCAGACACAGAGGGAAAGAAAGCCAAGAUGACAGGCAAAUUGUGUGUAGCAGUAGUUUGUUCCAGCAACCAGAACCGGAGUAUGGAAGCACAUAGUUUUCUCAGCAAGAAAGGUUUCAAAGUUCGUUCCUUUGGUACCGGGUCCCAGGUGAAGUUACCAGGCCCCUCUCCCGAUCGUCCAAAUAUCUAUGACUUCAACACAACCUAUGAUGAAAUGUAUAAAGAUUUGAUGCGGAAAGACAGUGAAUUAUAUACACAGAAUGGAAUUCUCCAUAUGCUUGACCGCAACCGGAGAAUAAAACAGCGACCUGAGCGGUUUCAAAAUUGUCAUGAACAGUUCGAUGUGAUAGUAUCGUGUGAAGAGAGAGUAUACGACCAGAUUCUAGAAGAGCUGGAAAGUCGAGAGAAAGAGGACAGUUAUCCAACUCACAUCAUUAAUAUUGACAUUCAAGACAACCAUGAAGAGGCCACAAUUGGCGCUUUUAUGAUCUGUGAUUUAAUUUCAAAGCUGCAUCAAAGUGAUGACAUUGAUAAUGAUGUUGAUGAAAUUGUGCAGCUAUUUGAGGAACGACUGCAACAACCAAUUCUACACACCAUGGCUUUCUGUUGAACAUCAUCAUCUCUGACUGACUGACUGAAAUAGUUUGAAGGAGGAGGAAGAAGUGAAAGAAGAAGAAGAAAAAGAAAAUCUGGAUUGAUACCAGUUUUUAUGUCAUUUUAUAUUAAAAAAAAAAAAGAAAUAAAAAAAAAAAUAACCCAGACCAUGGUAAUGGGACUCAACAAAUGGAUAUA